GGUGCUGGUGCUCGGUCCCCGCUGGGUGCUCGGUGCUCGGUCCCCGCUGGGUGCUCGGUGCUCGGUCCCCGCCCGCCAUGCCCUGCGCGGGCGCGUCCUCCAUCGCCGUCAUCCUCCUGCUGCAGCUCCGCAUCCGGGAGACCGCGGGUGACGUCACCGUCGUCUGCCGCGACCUGCGGGACGUGGAGGUCGCGUGGGACCCGGCGGAGCACGCGGGGGCGAACCUCAGCCUGACGUGGCGCUACGACUCCCGGGAGCCCCCGCGGCCCUGUCCCCGCUAUUACCUGUCAGGCUCUGGCGUCACUUCCGGCUGCGUCCUCCCCGCCCUGCCCCUGCGCUCCCUGGAGAUUGACGUGCGCCGGGGGGCGGGGCCUCCCGUGUUUCACUGGAAGGGGAUGGCGUCGGCCUUCCUGAAGCCCCGCCCCCCAAGCAACCUCACGCUCCAUUGGCUGAAGGACGAUGACGCCGUCCGCGUCACAUGCCCCGCCCUCCCCCUCCGUGGACUCGACUACGUCAUCCAGCACCGCGGGCCUGGGGACGAGGACUGGGUGGCCUCCGCGGCCCCAGCGCCCUCCUGUAACGUCACGGUGGGCGGGGUCGACCCCGCCCGCUGCCUCGACUUCCGGGCCCGGGCGGCCCCGCGGGAAUCGGUCUACGGGGGACACGUGUGGCCCAGCGACUGGAGCCCCGUGACGCGGUGGUGGGCAGACUCCUGCCGCCAGGCCCCGCCUACACCCUGGUCCCCGAAGCUGCCGGUCGCCUGUAGCCUCAUGACCCUGGUGACGUCACUGCUGCUGCUCCUGGCUCUGUGGAGGCUGCAGAGGGCCAAGCGCGGUUUCCUCCCCUGGGUCCCCGACCCCAAGGGCGGCUUCCGGGGUCUCUUCGAGCGGCAUGGCGGGAACUUCCAGGCCUGGAUCACCCAGGACGUGGCUCCGCCCCUGAAGCCAGAAGCCACUGACCCCGCCGCUGACCCUGCCGAGGUCGCCCUGGUCCUGGAGCAUCAUGGGAAGGGGGCGGAGUCAGAAUCGGCCCCUGGAUCUCCUGGCCUCCCCCUCCAAAGGGCAAGGGGCGGGGACCUGGUGACGGUGGGCGGGGCCACCUUCCGGUUGGACAGUGGCUCGUACAUGACCUUGUGACCCCGACGUGACCCUGGUGUGAACCCCGGCGCCCGGCUAAAAGGAGGAGCCUUCCCGGAGGGCGGGGGGCACAGUGCAUGCUGGGAAAUAAAACUUCACACGCGAA